GCCUCAUAACAUAUCGUCACGUCACGCGACAGAGCCCAGAAGCUGAGCAGAAAAGGGAAACAAAACAGAACACCAACAAACAACUCAACAAUUGCUCUUUUAUUUAAAAAAGGGCCAGCGGUCCGCUGACAUGUCCGUCGCUUUGCUAACCCUCCUCGCGGAUGACAUGGAGUCGGAGAGGUUAGUUCCGCUGCUCACGCGCGUUUUACCGUUAAUUCACCGAGGCAUCUCUUUGCUAACGUCACCGUGUCAUUAACGGUCAUAAAACGCAGGCUAUGACUUCCAUGUUUAACAUCCAGGAUGUUAAAGAGGAGGAAGACGGUUUUGCUGUUUAUCAACCUUCUCAAGCACACAAUGGAGGAUCUCCUGAGGCAUCAGAGGCCAAUAAAAGGACAUCUGCAGAAGUUGCUCCUGAAAUGCAUCAAUCCAGCAGUAGGAAGAGAGCCAGGGUCUGCUCUGAGGUGAUUCAGGGUUUGACGGAUGAUGGCCUUAAACCCAAGCCUCUUUGCCUCGACAUGGCUGGAGAAAAUGUGCAGAGCAUUCAAGAGAGAUCCAGGCUCUCCUACAGAAAGCCUCUUUUUAGCAUCUCUCACAGGAUUUCAGACAAGAGAAACACACCAAGCCUGGAUCAGCAGGCUAACCAAGGAAGCUUCAACAGCAUCCUUUCACCAAAGCUCCAGAGUCCAGAACUAAAUGGCCAGGCUGAGAUCUUCACCCCGCAAGACUCUUUGGAGCAGACCUCACCUGUAGAGUCCAGCCUUCACCCACUGAUUGAGAAAAUGUUUUUUAUCCUCAAUACUCUGAGCUCAAGCAUGACUCAACUGCACAGUAAAGUGGACUCACUGACCCUGGAGGUCAUGCGGAUAAAGAAGCAGCUCAAACCUGGAGAGAGGACGGCGGACUUCCACCCACCUGCAGAGUAUCUCCUAACGAACGAUGAACUCAAUCAGCUGACGGCGCACACAUCCAGCGCCGGUGAGCUGAGCUGCCAGCUGCUCGUCCACCUUUUCCCGGAGCUGUUCAAAGCCAAGGAUUGCCCCCACAAUUGCACGGCAGGCAAGAGGACGCUGGAAUCUCUGCACCUGGAGCUGAUCCGGAACUAUGUGGAGGUUUGCUACCCCUCGGUUAAAAACGACAGCGUUUGGCAGGAGGAGUGUCUCCAUCAGAUUAAUGACUUUUUUAAUCGCUUCUGGGCAAAGGGGGACACAGAGAACACUGAGCUCAUCAAGGAGGAGGAUCCGAUCUCUGAGGAUGGGCUUAAAGUGGACCAUCCUCAGACGUAUAGCUUCAUUAAAGAACAGGGUCAAGAGGAGAAUGUGUCCCUGGAUAACCAGCAGGGUUGUCUGCCCGUGUCCGAGCAUGGGUUAAAUAAUCAGGCUCCAGAGGAGCUGGAUGAUUUCUCCUCGGUUGAAGACCUAGUGAUUUUUCUCAUGCACCGCCUUUUCCCAGAGGUUUUUGAAGAGGGCAAAAUCCCCGAAGUCUCCAGCAGUUACAGUCAAGUGGGCCAGCUCAUUCUGGACUCCGACAAGAUGGAAAUCCUGAGGAAGUACAUGGAAGCUAAUUUUCCUGAUGUGCCUGAGGACAGCUGGCUCCAGCUGUGCAUACAGCACAUCGAAGACACACUGGAAGGACUGCACAGCAACGGGAGCGAAUCCGACAACGUCACCUACGAAGGCUACGACCUGGCCAGCUUUCAGGAAGAUGUCCAUGCCAUCAGGUUUCCAGAGGCCAGGGAAUACGAAAGACGUUGUCGCAAGUAUAAGAAGUCGCUGCUGCCACCUGUGGAUUUUGAAAAUCUGAAGAUUCCUCCACCGGACUUUAACGUUCCCCAGGAAUAUAUCUUAUCCAGGGAGCAGCUGAAGAGCAACUAUGAGUGUAGCUUGUCUAUUGGCAACUUUGCCUCCCGGCUUCUGGUUCUCAUAUUCCCGGAGCUUUUCACUCACGAGAACGCCAGGAAGCAGUACAACUACAGCGGUUCACUUGGAAAAAAGCAGCUGGACCCGAUCCGCGUGAAUCUUAUCCGGCAUUACGUGCAGCUGGUCUACCCUCGAGCCAGGAACGACAGAGUAUGGAUGCUGGAAUUUGUGGGGAAACUUGAUGAGAGGUGCAGGAGGCCCGACACGGAGCAGAGGAGAUCUUACCUGCAGCAGCGCAAAGUUACUGACCAAGAGCUGGAGCAGGAAUUCUUCUGCCGCAUAAACCACAAAACUCUGGACAACACAAGAGACGAUUCAGACUUUCCUUCUUUACCUCCAGAGAAAAGCAGCAAAGACUUCUGUAAGAUUCCCCUCGACCAACUUACCAUUUCCCAACCUGACUUCCCCGUACCCUCCGCCUACCUGCUAUCAGACUCCGAGGUUCGGGAAAUCGUCCAGCAGAGCCUUUCUGUUGGGAACUUUGCCGCCCGCCUGCUGGUGCGCCUCUUCCCGGAGCUGUUCACCCCUGAGAACCUGCGGCUCCAGUACAACCACUCGGGUGCCUGCAACAAGAAGCAGCUGGACCCGGUCCGGCUAAGGCUGAUCCGUCACUAUGUGGAGGCGGUGUACCCUGUGGAUAAGAUGGAGGAGGUGUGGCACUACGAAUGUGUGCCGAGCAUCGAUGAACGCUGCCGGCGGCCCAACCGCAAGAAGUGUGACAUUCUUAAAAAGGCCAAGAGGUCAAACACUGUGUCAUAGUCACAGUACUUUACAGUUUAGUCAACACGUUUGUCAUGAAAUGACUGCUCAGUAUAUAAGCUGAUACAACAUUCUUAUGUUUUAACCUUUGCCUGCAGCAGCAGCAGAUGUUUUAGUUGGAGUUUUCUAAAGUGUUGAACUGCUCUGCAAGCUGCCAUAGUUUGUCUUAUACAUUUGUUUCAUAAAUGUAGCCUUAAAACCACGUUAUAACCACAAUAGUAGCUACAGCAAAGAGCCGCACAGUUCCUCUAUUAACAGUAAUUACUAAUGUAGCAUCGUGCCGCCACAGUUUUAAUAAUAAAGUACUUACAAGUGGGUCCAUAAGUAUUUGUAGAAGAACAUCUUUAAUUAAGCCUCUUUUGUUCUGUUCACUACAAAAAUGGGUUUUAAAACGAUGUGAGGAAUUCAAUAUGCUGCAUCAGAGAAAAAAUUGGUCUAUGGCUGAUAUUUGGUUGGACCCACUUUGGCCUUCAGUCCUGAGAGGUUCUGCUCUACAUUUUUCGAUAUAAUCAAGCAGUCAUACGCCUAUCAGCUCUUGUUGGAUUUAUCUUGACAGCAGUUUAGCAGUAAAGUUGCUAGUUUAAUCUUAAAGCACGAGCCCUCAUGGUUCUAUCAUCAAAUUGCUGAUUUGGCAUCUAUUCCUUAAUAAUCUUAGAACCCAUCUCUGUGGUGUACAGAACCAAAGCUGCUGAUUUGUUGUCCUUGUUUGAAUAUUGAUAGACAUAUGACUGAAUAUUAAGCCUUCUUAUAGAAGACUGUUAUACUGGUGAUUUAACAUGACAAUGGGUCAUGGUACCUGUUUCUAAUAAAUACACACUUAUGAAAUGCA